CUAUAUGGAAAUGUAGGGACACUUUCUUAUGCAAAAACAGCAGCGCUGGUUGUAAAUGACCCUUUAGGUUUCCAAGUAAGUCAGGACAAUAACAGGGGCCUCAUUGCUCCAGGAUGUUUUUUAAUUCAGGUGGGACUUGAGAAACAAGGGGAGACUUUAAGAGCAAAAGAGUAGUAAAGUGAUACAGAGACUGAGAGACCAGAAAGAAGAUUUUCUAACAGAAAGUGAUUUUAUGUUACACAGUCAGGAAGUUUCCCCAACAAGAAAUUCAAUGAGAAGUGAGAGCUCAGCACAAAACAGAAAACUCAACACAAGUAGCAGAGACAGAAGCAACGGAUGAGAGGGAAUGUCAAUAAGGACAGUCUGUGAGACACACGGUAAAUGUGGUGAUGAAUGAGGAGCCUAAGAAGGAGGAAGAAAGAAAUGUUCAGGAGAAACUGAGUAAAUGAGACAGAGAAACAGUGAUAGAGAUGGAGACAGAGACCCAGAUGCAGAAGGAGCUCAGAGGAGAAGAAAAUAGAAAAGCUGAUAUUAUUCCUCUGAUGGAGACAGAGAGGGAAGAGUUGGUCGGGCAGAUCCCUGACAUGGAGGAGAUGUGUAACAUGUGUGAUACAUUGUGUUCCUUACUGGCACAGGAAUCACAUGGAGCUGCACUGUGUGGGGCUGAGGGGGCACAUAAUGAGGGGGGCACAGAUGGGAUAAUGGCCCCUGGAUUGGCUCAUAUUGUGCUGGGUAUAAGGACACUGAUCUAUGGGCAGGAGGCUACAGACCUGUUACUGGAUAUAAAUACAACUGGGUAUCAUGUAUUUGUAUCAGGAGACAGGAAAUCUGCUUCCUACUCACUAACAGAACUACAUUACCCACAAUCCCCAGAGAGAUUUCAGGAUUUUGCUCAGACUUUAAGCAGCAGGAGUUUCCCCUCAGGGCGACAUUACUGGGAAGUGGAGGGCAGUGAAUCAGGGAACUGGAUGGUAGGGGUGGCCUAUCCCAGUAUAGAGAGGGAAGGGCGACAGGCUGCAAUUGGGAAUAACAACAAGUCCUGGUGUUUGUACAUGGAAGAUAAUAACAGAUAUUCAGUGGUACAUGACAGUAAAUGGACAGAUUUACCCCACGUCUCUUCCUGCAGGAGAAUCAGGAUCUGGUUGGACUAUGAGGUCGGACGUCUGUCCUUUUAUGAGCUGAGUGAGCCAAUCAGACACUUACACACCUUCACUGCCAAAUUCACUGAGCCCCUUCAUGCUGCAUUCUGGGUAGAGAGGGAAGGUGCCUGGGUGAGAAUCAUUCGAGAAAGAGAAAAAGGACCUGAAUUACUACCAGUAGAGAGACAGACAGAUAAGAGACAGUCAGAAUCUGACAACAGGCAGAAAGAAGUUGGAGCCAGAGAGUCAGAUGCAGGAGGAGGAUGUUGUGUCUCAUAUAAUCCACAAGGGGGAGACAGAGAGGGAAGAGUUGGUCGGGCAGAUCCCUGACAUGGAGGAGAUGUGUAACAUGUGUGAUACAUUGUGUUCCUUACUGGCACAGGAAUCACAUGGAGCUGCACUGUGUGGGGCUGAGGGGGCACAUAAUGAGGGGGGCACAGAUGGGAUAAUGGCCCCUGGAUUGGCUCAUAUUGUGCUGGGUAUAAGGACACUGAUCUAUGGGCAG